AUGAACUGCAGCGAGAGCCAGCGGCUACGCACCCUGCUCAGCCGCCUGCUGCUUGAGCUGCACCAUCGGGGCAACGCCAGCGGCCUGGGCGCUGGCCCCGGCCCGAGCAUGGGAAUGGGGGUCGUGCGUGACCCGUUCGUGGGCCGCGAGGCCACCAGUGCCAAGGGCGACGACGCCUAUCUUUACAUUCUGCUCAUCAUGAUCUUCUACGCCUGCCUGGCCGGAGGCCUCAUCCUGGCCUAUACCCGCUCCCGCAAUCUCGUCAACGUCAAGGACGAGCCCGCCCAGGCCUGUGCGGUGCACGAGUGGGCUGCCGCCGACGCCGAGACCGCAGCUGGCUCGCCCGCGGAGGGCCGCCACCCGCUAGCCCUCGGGCCGCCGCCCGCUCCGGCUCCGGGCACCGCCGAGGGGGUCUAG